GUUUGUUCCAGAAAAAAAAAAAAGAAUUGUCUUUCUCUGUACGCUAACCGCUGUGCAUUUGGCUCUGGCGGUCUACUGCUCGCGGUAUUUAAAUUCAGCGAAGAAGAGCAGAGCAAUUGAAAACAGUGCAAAGCAUCGGAAAAAAUGACGGAUGAAACCAAGUUCAGUGUGAUGGUGAGUCUCUUCGAGUGGAUUCAGAAGACCAAAUACGCCACCAAGAAACGCUCAAAGUUUCGCAAGUUUCUCGACACUUUCUGCAAGCCUGACGACUACUUCUCCGCGAUUCGAUUGAUACUUCCGAGUCUUGACCGAGAGAGGGGCUCUUAUGGACUCAAGGAGUCGGUGCUCGCCACCUGCCUCGUCGACGCACUCGCCAUGUCCAGGGAGUCCCCCGACGCUCUUCGCCUCUUUAAUUGGCGUAAAGGAGGCGCCAAGACCGGCGUUAAUGCCGGCAAUUUCUCUCUCGUCGCCUUCGAGGUCCUCCAAUCUAGGCAAGGAAUGUCAUCAGGUGGGCUAACAAUAAAGGAACUGAAUGACUUGCUUGAUAGCUUGGCUUUGAGUGAAAACAGAGCAGAGAAAACUUCAGUUCUUUCCACACUGAUUAAGAAGACAAAUGCUCAGGAAAUGAAGUGGAUUAUCAUGAUAAUUCUCAAAGAUUUGAAAUUGGGAAUUAGUGAAAAAAGCAUUUUUCAUGAAUUUCAUCCUGAUGCGGAAGACUUGUUCAAUGUUACGUGUGACUUAAAAUUGGUCUGUGAAAAGUUGAAGGAUCGAAGUCAAAGGCACAAACGCCAGGAUAUUGAGGUUGGGAAAGCUGUGCGCCCACAACUAGCUAUGAGAGUUAGUGAUGCACAUUCUGCGUGGAAAAAGCUUCAUGGGAAGGACGUGGUUUUGGAAUGUAAAUUUGAUGGUGACCGCAUCCAAAUACAUAAGAAUGGGCCAGAGGUACACUACUUUUCAAGGAACUUCCUUGAUCACUCUGAAUAUGGACAUGGAAUGUCAGACCUUAUUAUUCAAAAUGUUUUGGUAGAUAGGUGUAUACUUGAUGGUGAAAUGUUGGUUUGGGAUUCUUCUUUGAAUCGAUUUGCUGAGUUUGGUUCAAAUCAGGAAAUAGCAAAGGCAGCAAAAGAUGGACUUGACAGUGAUAGACAGUUGUGCUAUGUUGCUUUUGAUAUCCUUUAUGUUGGGGAUACCAGUGUUAUUCACCAAAGCUUAAGGGAAAGACAUGAUCUGCUCCGAAAAUUUGUGAGGCCUUUGAAAGGUCGUUUAGAGAUUCUUGUACCUGAUGGGGGUCUCAAUGAUCAUCGUCUUCCUGGGGAACCACCUUGUUCGCUCAUUGCUUAUAAUGUGAAUGAUGUUGAGAGAUUUUUCGAGGAAACUGUUAAAAACAGAGAUGAAGGGAUCAUAAUAAAAGACCUUGGAUCGAAAUGGGAACCGAGUGAUCGAAGUGGAAAGUGGUUGAAAAUGAAGCCCGAGUACAUACAGGCUGCCUCUGACUUGGAUGUUCUUAUCAUAGGAGGGUACUAUGGCUCUGGACGUCAUGGAGGAGAGGUGGCUCAAUUCUUGGUUGGCCUUGCUGAGCUUCCUGCCCCAAAUACAUACCCAAGGCGAUUCAUCUCCUUUUGUAGAGUGGGCACUGGACUAUCAGAUGAUGAGCUAGCUGCUGUUGUAACUAAAUUGAAGCCUUAUUUUAGGAAAUAUGAAUACCCAAAGAAAGGACCACCAAGUUUUUACCAUGUUACAAAUAAUUCAAAAGAGAGACCAGAUGUGUGGAUUGAGAGCCCUGAGAAAUCAAUCAUAUUAUCUAUUACCAGUGAUAUUCGGACUAUAAGUUCUGAGGUAUUUGCUGCACCAUAUAGCCUGAGAUUUCCACGUAUUGACAGAGUUAGAUAUGACAAACCCUGGCAUGAAUGUCUUGAUGUGCAGUCAUUUGUAGAACUAGUGCAUUCAAGUAAUGGUACCACUCAAAAGGGGAAAGAAUCUGGAGUCUUGCAAGACAGCAAACAAACAAGAAUGAAAUCCUCCAAAAGGGGUGGAAGAAAGAAUGCAUCUGUUGUUCCAUCUCAUUUUAUGGAGACGGAUGUCUCUGAUGUGAAGGAGGAGACCUUAAUAUUUUCAAAAAUGAUGUUCUACUUUAUUAAUGUGCCUCCUACCUAUUCUCUCGAGUACUUGCACAAAAUGGUUGCUGAGAAUGGGGGAACUUUCUCAAUGAAUUUAAAUAAAUCAGUUACUCACUGUGUAGCAGCUGAAAGCAAGGGGAUUAAAUAUCAGGCAGGAAAACGUCAUGGAGAUAUUAUUCAUUGCUCUUGGGUAUUGGAUUGUUGUUCACAAAAGAAGCUCCUUCCUUUACAGCCAAAGCACUUCCUCUUCCUUUCUGACUCUUCAAAGAAGAAGUUACAGGAAGAAAUUGAUGAAUUUUCUGAUUCUUACUACUGGGAGGUAGAUCUUGCAGAUAUCAAACAGCUUCUAGACAGCAUAAAUACUUCAGAAGAUGCCAACAGAAUUGAAUAUUUUAAGAGAAAGUACUGUCCAAAGGAUAAAUGGUCUCGCUUUCAUGGUUGCUCUAUGUACUUCUACCUUUCAACACUGUCUCUAACACCUGAUUGGGAAUCCCUUAUGGGACUUAAACUGAGGAGGUUGAAGCUUGAAGUUCUUAUGGGUGGUGGCCAAGUCAGCAAUAAUCUUGCUAAUGCUACCCAUAUGGUGGUCCUGACUGUUCCAGGAUCCAAACUGGAUUUUGAUACUCUUAUAAAGAGUUUUACAGGUGUGGAGAAAUAUCUACUCGUGAACAAGAGGUUGCAUGUGAUCGGAUAUCAAUGGUUGGAGAACUCCUUGGAGACUCAGAAAAAAUUGCAAGAGGACACAUAUAGCUUGAAGCCCUGUGGAUUGCAAGAGUUGAAUAUUGAAGAGUGCCAAUUUGAUCCAGAUGUGGAAGAAGGCUCUUGGAAUUUUGAUGACAUAGGAAACCAGAAACUUCCAUCGAUUCCAGACAGCAAAACAAAAGGAGACGGCAAAACUUCUUUUAAAUGUCCUAGGAUAUCAGUCUCAUCCAAGGGGGAUGCCAAAAGGAAAAGAGGGAGACCUGUUGGCAAGAGUGUGAAGAGAGUAACAGGCGUUAGCCAAGCUCGAAGAACACGACCUCGCAUCGGAAAGCCUGCUAAACUAUUCGAAAUUGGAUCGGAUGAAGGUGGUUCAUUUAAUGAUGAUACAAAUGAAGAAGGGAACAAAAUGAGUGGGAAAAAUGAUGAAAUCCAUGCUGAAGUUCGCGAGGAAAUUCCAGAAAUGAAACAAGCUGGAAAAGCAGAUUCAAAAUCAUCACACAUGCAAGAGAUAGCUGCGAAAGAGGUUGUUGAAGAUGAUAGACAGGAAGAAUGGAUUGAUAAAGCUUCUGAUGUUAAAAUUGAUGACAGGCAAGCUUCUGAUGUUAAAAUUGAUGAAAGGCAUGAUGGAAGAGACAAACGGCCUAAUGAAGCUCCCGAUAUUCUAACCGGUGGAAGGCAUUAUGAGCAGGAGAAAGAAAACGCAGAGAAACUAGAAGUUAUGGUUGAUCCUGUUCAUGCCAUGUUAAUUGACAUGAUUCCUAGCCUUGGAAUGAAGAGUGCGGAAACUACGAACCCGAUUCUGGAUCGUGAAAAGCCCCCUGUCGAUCCUACUCCACAGCCUGCUAAGAAAAAGAAAGUCAGCUACAAGGAUAUUGUUGGUGAAAUGUUCAAGGAUUGAUAUGAAUGCUGUAAUUUAUCUGGAGUAUUUUGUUUUGUUGCCAAUUUUGCAUGUAAUUGUAAUUAAGGUUUAAAAGAAGGCAAAUCUAGCUGUUGUAUUUUAUGGAUAAAAUGUGUUUUCCUCAAUGUCUAUAUUCUUAGUAAUGCACUUUGUCUAGUACUUCCUGGUUAA